GAUGAUUUUUCUGCUGAAAGUUUUUCGUUGUUCUUUUAUAUAUAGUUCAGUGAAUGGGAUUGAAAUAUCCAUUAAAUAAAUCCUAUGUGCUAUACUAUAUCGUCCCAACAUCGUAAUAAUGCCCCCCGUCACAUCUGUAUUUGGUCACUUAUAUUAUGUACGGCACAUGAAUAUUCAUAAUGAUAUUGUAUUGGUAGUUUGGUACACAUACACAUUUGACAGUUACAUAUGCCAGUUUUGAAUUCGACCGUCACAUGUUUAGUAAAACUCCGAAUACCAUUACUCAUCUGACGGCUACAAAACCAUAUAUAUAGAGGAGUCACACGCACUUCGAUUUAUAGUUUUCCAUAUUAUCAAACCAUUUCUCAACAUUGAAUUCAAAACUCAACAAUGGAGAAUGAGAAAGGUGAGAGUUCAAGUACAUUCAAAAUGGAUAAUUCUGCACAGGAGAGGAGUUUACCGUAUGUGCCAGAUUGUUACGCUGUCCCACCUUCCUACGAGCCACGUGAUGCGCUCGACUCAAAUUCUGAAAUCGUACCAACGAUCGAUAUUUCUCGCUUGAAAAGCAGCGAUGAUGAGCGUCGAGGGGUUAUUCAAGAGCUAAGUUCAGCUUGUCAGCGUUUCGGGUUUUUUCAAAUAGUGAACCAUGGAAUCAACCAGAACAUACUAGACGAUGCGUUGGAGGUUGCGCACGGCUUCUUCGAGCUGCCGGCGAAGGAGAAAAAGAAGUUUAUGUCGAACGAUGUGUAUGCACCGGUUCGGUACACUACGAGUAUCAAGGACGGUUUGGACAAGAUUCAGUUCUGGAGGAUAUUUCUGAAGCACUAUGCACAUCCACUUCACCGUUGGAUUCACCUCUGGCCUCAAAACCCACCCGAAUACAGGGAAAAAAUGGGAAAGUUUUGCGAAGAAGUGAGGAGUCUAUCUCUCGAGAUAAUGGGAGCGAUAACGGAGAGCCUAGGACUAGGAAGAGACAACCUGUCGUCCCGGAUGGACAAAAACGGCAUGCAAGUCAUGGCCGUCAACUGUUAUCCACCGUGUCCGGACCCUACGGCGGCGCUAGGCCUGCCGCCGCAUUCAGACUACAGUUGCAUCACCAUCCUUCUACAAAACUUAACCGGUCUCGAGAUCUUUCAUCCGUCGGCUCACGGUGGCUCUGGCCGCUGGGUUCUUGUACCAGAAGUCAAAGGUGUACUCAAGGUCCACAUCGGUGACCAUGUGGAAGUGCUAAGCAAUGGAUUAUACAAGAGCGUCAUUCACAAAGUUACUUUAAAUGAAGAGAAGACGAGAAUCUCCCUCGCGAGCUUGCAUAGUUUGGGUAUGGACGAUAAAAUGAGUGUACCAUACCAGUUGGUUAACAAUGAAAAUCCGGCUCGGUACAGAGAGAGCAGCUUUAACGAUUUUCUUGAUUUUCUUGUCAAGAAUGACAUCUCUCAAGGGGAAAGGUUCAUUGACACUCUUAGAAUCAAGGACUGAUCGAGUUAAAAAAAAAGGACUGAUCGAGUAAUAGCACGUUGGUCAAGUGUAACAGGAAGAAAGACUAGUUUGGUUUGCUACGUACGCGAUCUAUAUAACACAGUUCAUGUCCUCGUUCCUUUAGCCUGUGUGAUAACGUGGACAUUAUAGAGAUCAGAGGCAUGCAAUAUAUAUAUGUGUGUUAAAUUGUAAUGCCAUAAAUACUGUUUUAAUGAAAUCAAAGCAUUUCCUUCCCUAUUCCCAAACUCACUG